AUGACCGCCCCCGCCUCUGAUCCUUACCCCGACGCGCCCCUAAGCUUCAUCGGAAUCAAUGGUGCCCGCCUGGCAUACCGUCUCAAAGGCGAGCCCGAGCUCCCUCUGCUGAUAACACUUCACGGAGGGCGCGGUUUCGGCUCCCACGACGGAGAUUUCGCGGCCUUCCAUCCUCUAUCAGACACCUUCCGAGUCCUCUCUUUCGACUUUCGCGGCCACGGCCAAUCCUCUCCCACAUAUCCCUAUACAUUCAAGCAGAUUGUGGAUGAUAUCGAAGGGCUGAGAAGACAUUUCGCCGGGGAUGAGAAGGCGGUGAUUCUGGGAGGUAGUUUCGGAGGGUUCAUCGCUCAGCAGUACGCCAUCACCUAUCCUGAUAGCGUCUCGCACUUGCUCCUGAGAGGUACUGCGCCUUCGCAUCAUCACGAGAAAGAAGCGCUCGAGAACAUCCGCAGAAGAGCAGCGACCAAAGCUCCUAUGGCUUCCGAAAACUACCUCAAAAAGAUCUUUGGCACCAUCACAGACGACAACGAGUUCAGGAUCAUCAUGUUUGCCAUCGGUCCGCUAUACUUGGAUGGGGCGUAUGAUGCCGACAAAGCGCUCGAGUCGUCGCGAAAGACCAUCUACAAUGCCGAGUCGCAUAACUCUUUAUAUUCUGAGAAGGAAAAAUAUUUCGACUACCGAGAGGGCUUGAAGACGCUUUCUAUCCCCACCUUGAUAUUUGUCGGCGAGCACGACUGGAUCACACCGCCUUGUACGCCUGCCUCUCCUACGUUCUUAAUGCCCCGUCCGCUUAUGAAGGGCGCUAUCAUAGCUCAAUCAAAGCUCAUACACGAGCGCGCCCCAAACUCCAAGCUCGUCAUCUUUCCCAACGCCAACCACUCAGUCCAUCAUGACAAGAAUGCGGAGGUUUUGAAGUUGAUAAGGGAUUUUGUAUCGUCGUCGACUGCUUGA